AUGAAAAAUAUUAUUAGAUAUUUAUUUGUUUUUUCAACUAUUUUUGCUUCCAGCUUCCAUUACACACUUGCUGGAGACGAUGAUAUUACAAAAGAACUCGAUUUUUGCAAAUACCCUGAAAUGUAUCCAGGAAUUGAUCUCCACUUUGGAUAUUGGGAUGGGUUUAGAGGUAGAGGCAAUUUGAUGCGCCUAGUAUUUGAGCUUUCACAGCUUCCUUAUAUUGGGCAUGCAUUUGGUGGUUACAACUCUGAAGGUGCAUUUGAUUUCGCGAAUUGGUUUGGUAGGCACAAAUCUUUAAUUGCGCAAAUAGACCCCAAUUCUACUCCAAAUUUGCCAUUCUUAGUUGAUUGUACUAAUACAAGAACAACUAAAUUUAUGACAGAAACUUUAGAUCUUAUGAUUUAUUUGGCAAAAAAGUAUAAUCCUAAACUUCUUGGUGAAGGAUUGGCAAUUCCAGAAAAUCAAAUCAUGAGUGCUAGUGUUACAGCAAACAACUUAUUUUCCGGUUGGGUACAGCAUUUAAUGGGAAAAGAAGGAUCUGUUGAGGCUGUUUUAAACUCACCCGAUUUUUUUACUGAUGGUGAUAUUACUAGUGGGCCAAUUAUUACUAUUUUCCAGGUUGAGGAGUUUGUUAAAAGUCAGGUACAACAAUAUGAUGGUCCCUUAACUUUUGGAAGUGAUGUUACAAUCCCAGAUAUAUUUGUUUAUGAAUUUGCAAAUUUGAUUAAUACUUUGUUCCCGGGAAUAAUUAAUGAGUAUCCUUCAAUUAGAGGACUAGUUGAUGCUUUUAAUGAGAUCCCUCUUGUAACAAGAUUUAUUCAUUCUGAAAGAUCUGUAAUAUAUCCACCCCUUACUGCUGAGCUUUUGCCUUUCCAAUAUUCUAUGUCAUUCAACCCCAGAAGAAGUUUUUCUACUGAAAUUCCGAGAUUUGGACAGUACUUGGUCUUUUAUGGUCAUUCAGAAUCCACAUCUUCUGCCUCUAUUUGUCUUUCCCGUAAAAUCUUUUCCAUUUCCUCAUCUAAUAUUGACUCAGAGGAAUUUAAUGAAAUGUAUGGUCUCCUUCAAUUCCCACAAAUUGUUGAUGUUGCAACUAGGGUUAUUGGAAGAAAUGCAAUUGUAAGAACCUGGUAUAGAAUCUUCAGAAAGCUUGAAUCUACAAAAAAUAGGAUGAAAAAAAGCUGUGUUGCGAUUUUAACUUCUGGAAAGUAUCACCAAGUUUCAGUUUCAAACGAGCAAGCUCAAGAAAUCUGUUCUUCCUUCAUUAAAUGCUACACAAGCAGAUCCAAUGCUUGGAAUGCAACAAAAACUCUUAUUGAUUCGUCAAAGAGAUUUAACUUCUUUGGUGGUUCAACUUCAGUAUUUAAUGCUGAGAGAUAUCUUAAGAAGUAUAUGACAGCUCCUUUGUUAUUUGCAAAAGCCAUCAGAUUUUACUAUACAUCCAAGACCAUGCUUAAGAGUGGAUCUUUCCCAAAGAAAUCCAUUGUUGAAAUUUUGAAUGAGACCCAGAAACAAGGUGCAGUUUCUACUUUUGGUUUAACGAUUAAUAAAGAGCUUGCAAUCAAAAUUUGUGUUGAUUAUUGUACGAAUAAAUUACCAUACAAGAGCCUAUAUUCAUUCAAGAGUUCAUAUUCUAUGCAAGCUCUUUGCGAAACUUCUUUAAUGUCUUAUUACCCAAAUGAGUCUUCAGAACUUGCUAUUGAAAAGGCAUCAACUCUAGUUUCUUUACUCGACCAAAUUUCAAGUUAA